AUUUAAAACUGUGCGCAGGCCCCCUGGCGCCGAGUCGACGACUAAUGAUCAGUCCUGCCUUGUCUGCCGUUGAGUGCGUAGCGACACUGUGAUCCGUGUUUACAUAAGAACGUUUCAGUGUUUGUUUAGUUUCACGAAUUCUACAUAACACACUUCGUUAAAAUGGCUGACAGUGGUCUUAAGAGGAAUAUCCCAAUCAAGCUUGGUGACUUUUCUGUCAUCGACACUGAAUUCUCCAGCAUCAGGGAGAGGUUUGACGCCGAAAUGAGGAAGAUGGAAGAAGAAAUGAGCAAAUUCAGAUCAGAACUCAUGAACAGAGAAAGCAACAACUUCUUCAAAAGCACAACUAGGUCUUACAAUUUCGAAUCUGUUUCCUCCGGAGGGGUAACCAAGUCAUCAGAGAGCAGCACCACAUCUUCACAGCACAGUGACAGCAGACAGUUGGCCGAGCCCAGCCACUGGGACAGCCUGAACUCGCCCCUGAUCCAGGAUGAGGGAGACGGCAAAUCACUUAAACUCCGUUUCGACGUUAGCCAGUACACCCCUGAGGAAAUCGUCGUCAAGACUGUAGACAACAAAUUAUUGGUCCAUGCCAAACACGAAGAGAAGUCAGACACAAAGUCUGUGUACAGAGAGUACAACCGGGAGUUCCUGCUGCCAAAGGGCACGAACCCCGAGGCCAUCAAGUCGUCGCUGUCGCGGGACGGCGUGCUCACCGUGGAGGCGCCGCUGCCGCAGCUCGCCAUCACCGACCGGAACAUCCCCAUCCAGAAGCACUGAGCAAGCCACUCGCUAGCCGUCACACGACAGCAGCUAUUCCAUAAUACUGUUAAUAAUUUAUUUUUAAUUUACGUUUUAUAAAUUUAAGAGAAGCAAUUGGCAAUAUUUAUUUAGAAUCUUUUAGAGAAUCUCAAAAUUUAUUAACACCUUAAUAAUUGUAUUGGUCAAUUAGUAUUCUUGGAAAUUCCAACCUACUUGUUAAGCACAGAUGCAUGUUGAAUGUUGCUUCAGUAACAUUUGCUUACUCGACGAGUGAUAGGAAUUGUAUUCAGGCAAUUGUUACUUUUGUUUUUAUAUUGGGUAUUACGAUGAAGUUUUAUUUGUGUCCUAUAUAAUUAGGUAGCCAUAAGAACACUAAAAAUAUAAUAAAUAAAAAAGGCCUAAAAAAGAAUUAUAAUAGAGCUUAUAAGUGUUCACCCAGAAGUGAAGAUACAUUGUUGUACUUUCAUGUGAUAAAAAAAGCUAUUUAGCUAAUAGGCUAUACGACAACGACGAUUGAUAAAGUGUCUUAUACAUAUACGUUCAGAUGUCCAUUUUGCUUAACACGUCCUGCAUUGAGCAGCUAUAACAAGCACUUUAUAAUACACAAAUUUAACAGCUUUUAACAUAAUACACAUUUAUAUUUUAGUACAAACAGUUGUUACGAAUGUUUUAGAUGUCAAUAAAAUUUAAAAAGCUU